AUGCUGGGUUGGUCUGCCAGGUGCCUCAUCAUCAAUCUGGCAUACAACGCUCCUGGUGGCGCUCCGCUUUGGGCAAUAGCCCUCAAGCCCCUGCCGCGCUUGCUAGGCGGUCCUGAACGUCUUCAAUGCAUACAUCUCCUGGCCACCACGCUGCGCCAGGGUCCCACCUACCUGCAGAGGCUGCAACGGCGCUGGAGAUCUUUCUGGCGGCUUUCUAGAAAUAAACUACGAUGGCAGGGACCGCACGCCCCUUCCCUCCCCUCCACCCCCAACACCUUGCUCCCUAUGCUGGCCAUUCGGGGCCGGUCAAACAUUGCACUCUGCACUGGCGCAAAUGACUUGGAUUUCCGUCCAGAUCGUGUGCCGGGAGCCCCCCUCGUCAUUGAUCACCGCAUUAUGCUUGACGUAGAAUUCGUUCCCGGGCCUUCCCUACUAAGCUCGUUCCGUGUUCUUCAGGAACAAAAACCGUCUCGUGGGGAUGACCCAUUGCUGCUAUAUCCGGCUACCCCAACACUUAACACACGCGAUAAGACUCCGACCGAUGGCGCGUUCUCCCAGGCUUUUCUUGCUCCAACAUUUGUCAAUAUAACAGAAUUCGAAUAUCCCAAACACUCUCCAUGCGUAUUCGCAACACUGGCGAGUCCCUAUCGAGGCCCUUUCCUCGACUACAGCGUACCAGGCGAUGCCGGGGAAGAACAUCACAUUCCGACGUCAAACGUCGAGCAUCAAAAUGUCCUCCAUUCCCAUUCAGGGCUGCCUCCGGGUUACCACCACUCCUUCCUGCAGCCACAUCCAUCUCAAACGCUCCAACAUGCCGGCGCUGCCCACCAUCCUACCUACACGGAUAUCGAGACACACCCCUCAAUCCACCAAGCCCAUUUGCUGCGCCAUCAUUCCAUGUCGCAGCACUCACCAUCUUCCUACAAUGUGGGCUAUCCACCGCCGCCUCAGCAAGCCAGCGGACGCAAGCGCAGUCACCACGACGAGUUGCAGCAGCACGAGCUUCCUUCGAGUCUCGAGCAGCAUCUCAAUCCCUACGCUCAAGCUACGGGAAGUGUCUCACUACAACAUGCGAGCCAGAGUUACUCCCUCCAGCAGUAUCCUCCACCGCCGCAAGAUCCGCACUCCUCUCUGCCUCCCACGCACCACCACCACCUGCCCAACCAGCAUCGCAAUAAAAGGCAUCAACCAAUGGAGGGCGCACCUCCCUCUCCCGCUCAACACCAUGGCCCACCCAGCGUUGUAGGCCAGGAGGGAAUGCCCCCGCCAGCGCCGCGACCACGCGGUCCGAAGCUCAAGUUCACCCCCGAAGACGACCAGUUACUCGUUGACCUCAAAGAGAAGAAGAACUUGACUUGGAAGCAAAUCGCAGACUUUUUCCCCGGUCGCAGCUCUGGCACACUGCAGGUGCGGUAUUGCACAAAGCUCAAAGCAAAGACCACGGUUUGGACGGACGACAUGGUGGUCAAGCUUCGCAACGCCAUGCAGGAGUACGAAAACGACCGUUGGCGCAUCAUCUCUUCAAAGGUUGGGAGCGGCUUUUCUCCCGCCGCGUGCAGAGAGAAGGCGCAGGAACUCGAAGCGCUGGAGUUGGCCGCCGCUGAGGAGGAGCAAGAGGAAGCACAACAUCAAAGCGCUUAUGCUUCUACACAGAUGGCCAGCGGGCCCAGCGAUCCUGACGCAAGUUAUCAAUGA